UUCGUGCAAGCUACAAAGCAGCUGACCCUACAACAAAAGCUGCACACUGCACAGAGGAGAGUGGGGUGAAAGGAGAAGAGAAGUGACAGCUCUUAGUCAGUUAGCCGUGUGCGUGUGACUAACUCUCCUGGAAAAAGUCUGUAUGACAGGCGCAGUGAGAGGACAAGACAAAAAACUACAGACAAAAACGAAAACACUUGCAACAACAAAGCAAGGGUAGGAUUGCUGCCGGACGUAGUCAACAGUGAGAGGAGUUAAGUUUGCACAGACGGAUCCAUGGAGACAAGACGCUGGAGGCUCUACUCUGUGAAAAGCUCUUCUUUGCCCAGUUUCUAAAAAGCUCAGACAAGCGUCAGCAGUGCCGUUUCACCAUUUUUAAAGACAGCGUGCUGUGAGUGCCAUGCCUCUGUUCAGCUGGAUGAAAUGGUCGCAUGAGACAAGAGUGCAGGCUCAGGAUGAAACACCAUCUCUGAAAAUCUCAGGGGGGUUACCCAGCCGCAUGCUGAUCACAGAGCUCCUGUGGCAUGUGGAAGAGCGUGAGCGGCUGGCGAGAGAACUGGAGCGUGAGCACAGGAUGGCUCACAGCGCUCUGGGUCUCCACUGGUUUCAAAAGUAUCCCAGGUUGCGGACCCUCAUCCCCUCAUCAGAACUACAACAGCUGGAGUACUUAUGUGCCCAGAUCCCAUCUAUCCAAGCAGCCACCGUCCUCUCCAGGUUUCGGGAGGUGCUUGCCACUAACAACAUACGACCCUGGGAGCUGGCAUCUGUGUUUAAGCAAAUACUAAAGGACUUCCUGAGCCAAAAGGAAUACGAUGAAGAGGAUGACCUCUCAGUGCAGCCGGUGCAGUUCCAACCCAUGGAGGCUUGGACCAGCCGGUACAAAAUGAAGCAGGGGUUUGUCACACCCACAGUCCCCAACUGUGGUGACCAUCCAAGGGAAGAGAUCCCAACGGUCUCUGGAUACGUGGAUCGGGUCAUGCGGCACUCCGGUUCAUUCACAGCCCACAGGGACUGGGACCUUCCAUAUUAUUAUCCAGUACCUCUCAGGUCCAAAGGUGCUUACAGCACCACACUGUGAAAGGACAACUCUUUAACCAUCUGCAACCAACAACAUGAAGACCAAAUCGCAAUAUGCGUCUUAGAUAUAGACAUUUCAAUAGCUUUACCAAAACGUGGAAUAGCACUAGGCUAGGUGUUAUAUGUACUCAAAUGUUUAAUGGCAAUAACUAAUUCUUAUCCCUACUUCACAGCCUGAGUUGUUUAGUUACUCCUUAUUUUAAACCUUCAAUUGUACAGCUGGAGAUGCAUUUCAGAGAUGUCAAGAACCUGGAGAACCUUUUAAUAGUAAAAGCACUAGAUGCCUUUUUGGCUUUUGGGUAAGUGACAAACUGACUGAGCUGGUCAAUUUGUGGUAGCUCAUUAAGAGCUCAAAAUGUUCAGCUUUUGGAGUGAAUACAUGUGUAAAAACAUGACUGGCUCACAUAUAGUUAAUGCAAAAAUGUAAAGACUCCAUGUUACCUUAUCUAACACAAGUCAGUCAACUUUCCUGUUAUUGCUGGCCAAAACCUCUUGGGGUGGCAAACAUUUUAUAUGCAGGAAAAACCCUGGAAAUUUGAGUGAGCACUCUUUAAUGUAAAUGUUUCAGACUGAAAAAUAAAAAGACAUUGAACUAAACAUUUUAUAUAGAUUAGGGAGAACUCACCUUGAUUUGUGUAGGACUUGUUUUUGUCAUUGUUCUUGUGUAUCAGUGUUUAACUUCCUUUUGGGAGUCCUAAAUCCCUUGACAAACAGCAGCUAUUGUUCUGUGCUACAGUUAAGACACCCUUCAGGAAGAAGUGUAGCGAUGCACUAUUUGAUGGUCAUUAAACUCAAUCAACCAACUUGAAAAACAGAUCAACAUGUAAAUGGUAAUAAAUAGUAUGUUUUCCAUUUAGCUUAUGAAUAUACUAUUGGACAAAAAAAAUAUUAUUAAGUUGUUGCCUUGACUAAAGAACGUCCUUUAUAAAUAAAAAAAACCCAUUAAAAUAAGAUUUACUAUAAUUCAGUUUGCAUUAGUGAAGGCCUCAGUCGGAUCAACACUGAUAAUCUAACCAUUAAUUUUUGAUCAUUCACCGGUAAUAAAAACCUUAAAAUAAAGAAAAACAUGCAAAGACAAAAUUUUUCACUUGUCUGUUUUAGAUGUCCUGCAUCAAACAACAUGGUAAGAAAAUGUGGGGACUAUUUAGCAGACCCACAUCAACAACAUCCACCCUUAUAACAUUAGGUCAGUGGUGGGGAACUCCAGGCCUCAAGGGCCGGUGUCCGGCAGGUCUGAGAUAUCACCCUGGGUCAGUACACCUGAAUCAAAUGACUAGUUCAUUACCAGGCUUCUUGAGAACUUAAAAGACAUCUCGGGCAACUCGACUAGUGUGAAGUGUUUUCAGCUGGGCGUCGUGUACCUGGAGUCAAGUGUUUUGACCAAUUCAAUAUAACUAUAUAUAUUUUUAGACACAAGCUGUAACGGCCGCCAUUUUCUUUGUAAGAGCUUAUUAUAUGGCGUGCUGCGGGGAAAAGUCUGUUCUAACAUUUAAGUCUAAGGUUUAUUUUGAGAACCUGAGGGCUCUUUUUUGCUUCUCAUCUGUAAACUCUCUCAUGCGAUUAUUGUAUAGGUGGUAGAAGAGGUUUGUCGUGCUUGCGUCUGUGGUGGGGACCUGUUUGUGGCAUUAUUUGCAGAGUACAGUUUUCUGGUCCAUGUCAGACUUUUCAUAACCAAAAACGUGCAGCUGUAUGGAUUAAACCAUUAAAAUAUUCCCCCCGUUUGUUUUCAAAACCCAGAUCUACAGCUCCGAAAUAAUUUGUGUUAAUUUUGGUCAUUACGCAUUUACCCAUUACGGUGACAUUUAAGCAUGCCUGCAAUGUGAUUUCUUCUACUUGAACUUCACUUUCCAUGCUUGCUGUCAAGCGGAGACAUGUUGUAUAUGUCCGCCAACGACUUAAAACACUUGAUAAGUUAAAAGCAAUUUAACGGUAUCACUUUGAGCAGCUAAAUCUAUCAACAACGACAAAAUCAUACGCCAUUAAUUUUUCUAAAAUAUUUAAGUGUCUAACACCUGAAUGCAGAGCUGUACCAUGCUAGCAUGCUAGUUAGCUUAGGGUCAACCACGUUUACGCU